CACCUGUCUACCUGUCUACUUAUCGUCCACUGUACCUCCCCCCACGCACGCACGUAACUGCCACUACUCAAGACUGUGCUCUAUCUCACGCUACACUACACUACACUACGGCUAGUACGACAACUAUGGCUACUGCGGCUACUGCGGCUGCGGCAGGCUUUCUGGUUUAUUUGUUCCUUAGCUGGUCUUGGCCCUUUGGCUCGUCUUUGGGCGCUGGCAUGCAUCGGGGAUUUCCUUCUUUGUUUCUUCAUUUUUAUGCUUUCGUGCGCUUGCGCUGUCUUCCCUUUGCUCAGGUGUUGGCUAUGUCGCUCGGGUCGGGGGACUGGUAGUCCAGAGAGGGUUGAUAUCACCCCUUUCUCGCCAUCGGAACCUGCACCGUUUUGCCGUCAGAGCCUUGCCUCAGCCUUUCGUCAUUCGUUGCCUUGCUUCCUUUGCUCAUUGCAUUCUUGAUGUUUCAUCACUUUCACUGUCAUCAUCAUAUUUCUGCUUUUCAUUGUGUCGAUAGUUCCGAUUUCCCCUUUCAGCAACUUUGCACGCACGGUCAAUGUUUCGGUAGAUAUUUUCACG